AUGACCUCUGAGAGAAGCGAGGAUACACAAACCGGCGCACCUCAGGAGGUCAUCAACGAAUUUUGGAAUAAUCUCAUUACGAAGCGGCCCGCGAAGGUGACCAAGAUCUUUCCACCGAGUUUGUACGCGCAUCUACUGCCUACGCAGCGUAAAGAGGGGACAGUUACAGGAAAGAAUGCAGCCGAAUCCUACGAAGCGGCCGCUGCGCAAUGUCGCGCUCGCGUUCAACGCGUCGUCAAAGAAUGCCAUCGCACAAACGAGAAGUUCACCGAUGCAGACUUUGACAUUGAAGAUUUGUCGGAUGAAAACUGCUUACAUGGCCUCAUGAGCUGGUUCAAAGAGGAGCCAGCCAAAUCGUCGAAUCCACAAGUUAGCCCUAUGCGGCUGGGCAACGCUCUCUCCACGCUGAUCCAAAGUGGGGUAGUCAUGUCUGAUGGCGCGGUCUUCGAUUUCACAGCGACAGCCAAGCUUCUGACCAACAGGCCAAACAGCAGUAAGACUGGUCCCAAUUCUGUGCAUCGUGUCGAUUGGAUCUUCGAAAAGCCACGGUUCGAACUCGAUGGCUUCUCCAGCUCCGACCUCAGACAAGGCUCGAAUGGCGAUUGCUGGUUCAUUGCUGCUGUGGCCACCAUCUGCAGCAACCCCGUUCUAAUGAACAAAAUCUGUGUUGCUAGAGACGAGGAGUGUGGUGUCUAUGGCUUUGUCUUCUACAGAGACGGCGAGUGGAUCUGGACAGUCAUUGACGACAACCUCUACCUUGAAUACAGCGAUUUUGACACCGCUUUUGGGGACCAGUAUGACCCAGCGAAUGCCAAGGAGAUGAAAUAUAAGAAGAACAAUCAGACGGGGUCCGAAGCGCUGUAUUUCGCAUCUUGUGUUGAUGAGAAUGAAACGUGGCUACCACUGUUGGAGAAGGCAUACGCCAAAGUGCACGGAGACUACGACGCCAUUGCCGGUGGUUGCAGCGGCGAAGCAGUGGAAGACCUGACAGGAGGCGUCACAACGAAGAUCCUUACUGAUCGCGUGCUGAGUAAGAAACGAUUGUGGGAAGAAUUACUUCAAGCCGGGAAGGAAUUCCUCUUCUCAGCUUCCUCACCAGGCAUGGAUGGAGAUGACUCGGACGCUCGCAGGGGGCUUGCUUUGAGCCACGCUUAUUCGAUCUUGAAGGCUGUUGACGCUGAGGGUGAGGACGGUACGAAAUACCAAUUGGUUCUGAUUCGUAACCCCUGGGGUAAACGAGUUCAUGCUGGCAUGGGUGAGUGGACAGGUCCCUGGUCCGACGGGUCUCGGGAAUGGACGACGUAUUGGAUGGACAAGUUGGGCCAUAAGUUUGGAGACGACGGCUUGUUCUGGAUGUCUUACGAAGAUUUGCUCAAAAGAUUCGAUCUUCUUGACCGCACGCGGCUCUUCAAUGAGGAUUGGACCGUGGUGCAGCGCUGGACGAGCGUACCGGUGGCUUGGGUCACCGGAUACGUGAACACGAAGUUUUCGGUUGAGAUUAAGAAAUCUGGGCCGACCGUCUUCGUGUUGUGUCAGCUGGAUGAGCGCUACUUCAAGGGUCUGGAAGGCAAAUACGACUUCGACUUGCACUUCAUAUUGAAAGAGCAGGGUUCUGUAGCAGGCGACUACAUCAUACGCGCUCGAGGUGCAUGGUUCGGCAACCGCAGUAUCUCUGCCGAGGCUGACCUUGAAGCCGGAGUAUACGAAGUCUUGCCUAAGAUUGAGGCUUCAAGAAACAAAGAGGCUCCAGACGUCCCGGAAGUUGUCACCAGGUUGGCAGAACGCAAUCCGCAAAAGCUUAGGCAAAUUGGUCUCAAUUACGAUAUCGCAAAUGCCAAGGGCAUCUUCGAGCUAUCCGAAGAACAGCAGAAGAAGAAGGAACAGAGAAAGAAAGAGGCGAUGGAGAAGAAGAUGAAGGAUGAGGAGGCGAAAGAGAAAGAGAAGGCUGAAUUCGAAGCGUGGAGAAAGGAAAAGGCAGAAUUUGAAACGUGGAAGAAGGAAAAGCAAGCUGAGUACGAGGCUUGGAAGAAAGAGAAGAACGAGCACGAGACGGAAGAAGACGCUGAAGAGGCGGACAAGUCCGAGGAAGUACCAAAAGACAAUGACACGCUCCCGGAGCAACGAAGCGCGGCGGAUGCGCCUGAUGAUGCUGACCACGACACCGAGCAACCCACCUCACCCAAUGCAAAGGACACGCCAAACGCCCCAGCCAACCUUACGAUCCAGCUGAAAGACUCCCCAAACAAGACAGAACCCGCUACAGAACCCACACACGAACCACACAACCCAAGCAACAACAGUGGCGGAGAUCACACACCCACCUCCGAGAUCUUUCCCAAUUCACCUUACAACAGUCCAUCACCCCAGCCCCGCAGCCCCUACCAACCGUUCCCACCCCCACCACGCUACCACUCCCAGCCACCACCAGAAUUCCGCAGAUAUCCCCACCCCCGUGGAAACCAUGUUUACAGUGGGGCUCCUCCCCCACGAGACGUUCCUCAAACGCAAGAGCCUAAGCCGUGGAAUGCCGUCUGUGUGUUGGGUCUGAGAGUGUAUAGUCAGGAUCCUGAAGUGAGCAUUAAGUUGGUGAAGCCGAAGGAUGAUGAGGAAUGUGCGAUUUUGGAUGUCGAUGGGGAGACGGCGGCGGGGGCGACGAUGUGA